UGUCAGUGUCAUAUGACAGCUGUCAUUUACAAAUCUGAGCCGAGAAAUUUUCGUUCGACUCGUCCUUCAUUUUUCUCUUACGUGCGUAGAAGCCCCAUUUUGUACCGAUCGAAGCCAUGGCAGAUUCUCAGGGCAAUGACAAUACCACUUGCGUAGUGUGUUUCAAGAACGUCUUGUAUUACUCGAUUGGAGAAUGUGAUCAUCCCGUAUGUUUCGAGUGUUCAACCCGUAUGCGAGUCCUCUGCUUGCAAAACGAGUGCCCCAUAUGUCGACAGGAUCUAGCAAGGGUCGUAUUUACAGAAACAGUUUUGCCUUACAAAGAACUUCGUAACAAGGUGUUCAAUGAUAGGCUAUUUGAGAGACAGUUCAAAAUAGGGUUUUGUACUCAAGAGAUAAAAAAUGCCUACGACAAACUUCUGGAGAACCACUGCAAAAUGUGUGAUAAGAUACCACCAUUCAGGACAUUUGCCAUGCUCAGUGACCACAUGAGGAGGGUCCAUGAGAGAUUUUUCUGUGAUCUCUGUGUUAAACAUUUAAGGAUAUUCACAAGUGAACGAAAAUGCUAUACUCGUCAAGAGCUAGCCCAUCACAGACGGAAAGGGGAUUUAGAUGAUACAUCUCACAGAGGUCACCCGCUCUGCGAAUUCUGCGAGGAGCGUUUCAUGGACGCCGACGAGCUGUACCGCCACCUCCGCAAGGAGCACCUCUACUGCCACCUGUGCGACGCGGACGGUCGCAACUUGUACUACGCGUCGCAUUCUGCGCUUGCGCACCAUUUCCGCACCGACCACUUUCUGUGCGAGGAGGGGGAGUGCGCGGAACAACAUCUGACGUCAGUCUUUAGGAGCGAAAUCGACCUAAAAGCCCACAAGGCGACGGUGCACGGUCGUGGUAUGAAUAGAGGCGCGGCGCGGCAAGCUAGGACUCUGGAGCUACAGUUCAACAUCACCCCGCAUCCCGUAGCUCAUCGCGCGCCGCAUCGAAACCCCGAGCCCCGCCCGGAGCCCCAAUCGCCGCCGCCGCAGUCGCCGCGCAUCGACACGCUCAGCGUGGAGCAGUUCCCGCGGCUGUCGGCCGCGCAGCCACAACACAGCUUGUCGCUAGCGCCUGUCAAACACUAUAACGCGGUGGAUGGUUUGACCCGCAACGAGCGGAAUUUCCCGGCGCUAGACGGCGCCGGCGCCGGCGCCGGCUGCAGCUCGCGGCCGGCGCGCCCCGGGUCACAGCCCGUGGCCGCCGUACUCAGCAACUCGAAGCCCAGCGUAUCGAUCCAGCUGCACAGCCAACCAGCGAGCGCCAGCAACUUCCGCUUGACGCAAACUAGCGGCAACCGUAUCUCCAUCCCGCAGCAUCAGAAGAAGACUCCGCUGAAUGACGACGACUUCCCCUCCCUAAGUAGAGACGAUCACCCAAACAUCGGUGCAGGGACCGUCCAGCCUCCGAAGGUCACAAUGAUAAAUAGUCAGGAAAUGAACGCGCUCAAAAGCAAACAGCAGAGUUUCCAAGCAAGGAAACCUUCGCACGGCGGCGAGGCGUUCCCGGCGUUGUCCGGGGGCGGAGCGCCCGCCGCGCCCCCGCAGUGGAUCACCGUCAGCAGCAAGGGCGCCAAGCCUGGCAAGGCCAAAGAGAAACCCAACAGACCCGAACCUCCCCCCCAACCGAGCUUCAACCCAUUCGCUGACUUCCCAACUCUCCCCGUCAACAACUCGAAACCUAUCUCCAACGCGAAACCGAAAAAAACCCUCGCGACACCCACCCAACCCCCGGUUAUCCAUACCGAAUCGAAAGCCAGUAAAAAAGACAAAAAGAAACAAAACAACAACGCAGCGAAGAAAGAAAACGUAAACGAGUUCGCGCACGUGAACGGCGCGAUCGACAAGAAGAUAGCGCGGGAGAUGUCAUACGUCGGCAUCGGCGUCGACGACAGUCCCAACGCGGAAGUGCAGAAGAAGGUGAAGACCGUGGAGGCCGCGGCGGCGGCGGCGAGCGAGGGCGACCGGAACGGCGGCCACGGGGACUUCACGCUGGCGGCGCGCGACUACCCGCCGCUGAGCGCCUGGCCCGCCAAGCGCGAGCGCCCGCUCUGCAACGGUCUCACCUUCACCAACUCUUCCGGCCAGACCUUCUCCGCGCCGCUGCACGCCUACAUACCGCCUGUGGACUUCGAGCGCCGGAACCGGGAGCUGGUGAAGAAGUUCGCGGUCGCGCUGGGCGGCGCCGCGGCCGUCGAGGAGUUCAAGGUGGCGUCGCGGGCGUUCCGCGACGGCGUCAUCGCCGCGGAGGAGUUCUACUCGCACUGUCGCGCGGCCCUGGGCGCGCAGCUGGAGGCGGUGUUCCCGGAGCUGGUGGCGCUGCUGCCGGACAUCGCCAAGCAGCAGGAGCUGGUGGUGGGGCGGGCGGCGGGCGCGCUGGCGGCCUGCGACUCGUGCGGCCAGCUGCUGGCGCCAGCGGACCGCGGGCCGCAUGCGGCUGCGCACUGGCCGCCGCUGGCGCCGCGCUAGCCGCUUGUGAUGCCGCCUUCUCACCGGUGACCGAAACAGAUAUAUCGAAAGACACGCUCGAGGGUAAUAAUGUUACGAUUCAUCAUAGAUCUUUAUUAUUUAAUUUUGUCUGUCAAAUUUUUAAUAAAUCGACACGGACGGUUCGUUUCUUAUACGAUAAGUUAUCUCGGUAUAGGUGUGUUAUUUAAUUGAAAUUUGACAGGUUUUAGACAAUGCUUCCCGCAUCAUGUGAGGACAAAUUUGCAACUUGUCAAUAGAUCGUUCAAAAGUGUACUAGUUGUACCCGAAUAAUAUUUUUGUAUUCCACCGCAAGUUAUUUUCUAUAAAAGUAACUUUUCUACUUAUACACUUUACUUACUUUUCAUGCCUGUAUUAAAAAUAUUUUAUUCUUGGUUAUGUUUUUAUUAGAAUGUACUGUAACGAGAACUACAGGUGCUUCUAAAUAGUAAUUUCCUCUUUAAUUCAAUAAUGACAGUUAACUGUCCUUUCAAUACAAAUCUAUAAUCACUAUUGUAAAUUCCAUAGUGACAAGUGUAUCGAUGCAUUCUUACAGUAUCGCAACUAAGUUGAAAGUGAUUUGUAUUACCUGAAUGUUAUUAAAUGUAAAAAUAUAUUGUUUCAAAUUGAAAAUGCUAUUAUAUUUUUGUACUUUUCACAUUAAAAUAGUGAAUGUAAAUUAUUUAUGUUGAAUAUUAUGUUAUUUUGGUUUUAUUGUGUGCGUAUUGCAUGGCCGAAUGUCUAGGCUAGCAGCUAGACUGCUCGCUCGUAAGGAGAAAAUCAAAGUCAAGGUCGAAAACAAAAUCUGUUUAUAAUACACCAUAAUAUAUUCUGGAUUAAGACUGCAACAAAAGUCAAAUAUAAUUUUUUACGUAAUAACUUGUUAUUUCAUGAAUAGUUAAGACUUAAAUACAGUCUUAAAACCCAA